UGUGCUCGUGCAACGUCAGAGGCUAGCUGUUAGACUUGUGUUAGCUUAUAUAGGCUCGAAAACGGUUGUGUUUUCGUAUAGCGGGUAAAUCUUUGAGCUGUUGAAGUAACAAUGUGUUCAGUUGAGUAUCUGAGAGAGUUUGUUAACGAAAGACUAACUGCUGCUGCAGAAGAAAUAUUCGGAGUCUUUGUUAAAACGAUGGUCCAGAAUGAGGCAGAGAUCAAUCAGCGCAGACUGCAGGAUAUCACCGUGAAGUUCCCCAAAAUAAAGUUACACAGAAUAGACCUCUCACAACAACAUCCUAGCAGUACAGAAGAGGUUCUCACAGAGCAGCAGCUCUGUAACCAGGAGAGGACCUCCAGUCUGGACCAGCAGAAAGCAGAGCCUCUGCUGAUUAAAGAGGAACAAGGGGAAGACUGUUCCAGUCACGAAUCAAAGCCGCUUGUGUUAAAACAGGAGACCAGCAGCUUUUUGGUGACUCUUACUAAUAAGGAGAAUGACCUUAGUGAACCUGAACAAAACAUUAACCAGUUCCUCUCUCAGAAUUCUGCUAUAGUGGAAACCAAAGAUCAGGAAGGAACUAAACAUGUAGAAACAGAAUCGACAAACAGUGCAGAGCUGAUGCCAAAGAAGAAAUGUCACAGAAACAAAGAUUACAAUGUAGACAGCUCUGCCACGUCAGGGAGUCACUGUAACACAGACACAGACCUCCUCCAGCAGUAUGCCUGUAAGGAGGAAGUUCUUGAAGAUUUGUACCUAUUUAACCUGCAGAACUCUGGUCUGGGCCAGGAGGACCUAGGAUCUGCUCAGAUUAAAGAGGAAUGGGAGGAACUCUGCACAAGUCAGGAGAGAGAGCAGCUUGUACUGGACCAGAAAACCAAUCCUUUAACAGUGACUUGCAUUUAUGAGGAGAGAAACCACUGCCCGCCAAAACCAACCAGUCACCUGCUCCUUUCUCACAACUCUCUGCAUCACAAAAGAACUUCCACAGAUGAGAAACCAUAUUCCUGCAACGCUUGUGAGAAAAGGUUUAAAUAUGCAUCAAAGCUAAAAAUGCACAUGAGCAUUCACACAGGUGAGAAGCCGUUCUCUUGUGAUGUAUGUGGGAAAAAAUUCAGGAGAAAGGAUAACUUAUUGGUCCAUAUAAGAACUCACACAGGUGAAAAGCCUUUUACCUGCAAUAUCUGUGGGAAAGCAUUUAGGGACAGCUCAAAUUUGAUCUAUCACGUUAGGUUUCACACAGGUGAGAAACGAUAUUCUUGCGAAACAUGUGGAAAAAGAUUUUAUCAUAAAGGUAAUUUGACUGUCCACAUGGCAACUCAUACAGGUGUAAAGCCUUACCACUGCAGCACGUGUGGAAAAAGAUUUGCUUGCUUAGCAAACUUGAAAAUUCAUAAAAGAACGCACACAGGUGAGAAGCCAUAUUCUUGUGCAGUAUGUGGGAAAAAUUUUAGUCAGAGUACAAAUCUGAAAUUCCACACAAAAAUCCACACAGGUGAAAAGCCGUAUUCUUGUAAAACCUGUGGAAAAAGUUUCAUUCAAAUGAGGGACUUGACUGUCCACAUAAGGACUCACACUGGCGAGAAGCCGUAUUCUUGUGAAACGUGUGGCAAAAGUUUCAGUCAGAACAGUCAUUUGAAUGUCCACAUGAGAACUCACACAGGUGAGAAGCCAUUUUCUUGCAAAACAUGUGGUAAAAGUUUCAGCCAGAAUAGUCAUUUGACUGUCCACAUGGCAUCUCACACAAGUGAGAGUUCUUAUAAAACAUUUGGAGAACGUUUUACUCAAAGUGGUCUGACUGUUCACAUGAGAACUCACACAGCUGAGAGGCAGCACCUUUGCGAGGCCCCCAGCAAAGGUUUCAGUUCCAUGUCAGCACUGACAGAUCACACCAGGAUCCACACGGAUGAGGGGGCGUAUUCUUGCAAAACAUCCGAGAAGUUGUAGUCAGAGCAGUGACUGAUGGUGUACGUGAGAAAUUACGAAAAUAAAAGCUUCAAAGCUUAAGGACGAGGUCCAUUCCAUGAGGUCAGUAGUGAUGAAUUGCUGCCCUGCAGCAGUUGAUAAAGAUUUAGAGGCAUUGAAAUGAAAAUAUCACGUGGGUCUCCUCAGCAGAGAGAAUUUAUACUCAUGUGAAUCUUUGGAAAAGUUUUGCUCAGAAGGGCGAAUUGUUAAGAGAACGGGACGCCAUGAAAGGCCUUGCAGCAUACGUGAAAAAGAUUUUACCUUUAAUAAAACGCUUAAAAAAGGCCCCUGAGAACUGACAGCAGUGAGAAAUCAAUAAUAUAGAGUACUGUGUAAAAUUUUGACCAUCCCUCAGUUCUUUAUAUUUUGCUUCUAAGAGGCCAGACUUUAUUGUAAUAUUUUCUUGUCCUAUGGGAAUGUUUUGUUAAGCCACAUAACACAGAGUUAUGAAUCAUUCAAGUAUAAAAAGGCACGUGUCUCAAGGGAUCAGUCAGCGUUGUCUACACAUAACAAUUUAGCAAAGAACAGAUUUAAAUUGGAUCUUUAUACACAUUGUUAGUAGCAGCUUGUCAAAAUAAAAAUACGUAAUUUUUCCCAUUUUAAUUUCUUAUUUGAAUCUCUGAAAAAGGCAACAAUAGCACUGUUUGACAGGCAUACAAUAGUAUUUUUGCACCAACAAAGAUCUUUUAGCUUAAAGCUGGAAAUGUUGUGGGCUGUGUGUCCUCCAGUAAUUUCAGGAAGCUAGACAAACAAGUAGAUAACAAAAGAAGAAAUAGCAGGCCUGAAAAAAAAAUCUGAAAGUCAUGUCCUUAAGAACGUGAUUGUCUCCUCUGAUGAAGCGUACCAUUAUGACCACCUGCCUCAUAUUGUGUUGGCUCCCCUUUGCUGUCAAAACAGCCCUGACCUGUCAAAGCGUGGAUUCCACUAGAGCCUGAAGCUGUGCAUCUGGCACCAAGCACCAUUGGUGUCUGACACCAAACAUGUUAGCAACAGAUCUUGUCUGUCACAUCCCACAGGUGCUUGAUUGGAUUGCGAUCUGGAAAAUUUGGAGGCCAAGUCAACACUUGAAGCUUGUUGUGCUCCUCGAAUCAUUCCUUGACCAUUUUUGUAAAUAGGGUGUACGUGGUCUGUAACGAUGCUUAGGUAGGUGGUAUGUGUCAAAGCAACAUCCACAUUGAUGCAGAACAUUCCCCUUAAUGCAUCCUGGCGCUAUGUGUUCCCCAGGUAAGCAACCCACACCCAUGCGAUGUAGAAGAAAAUGUGAUUCGCUUUCUUCCAUUGCUCUGUGGUUCAGUUCUGAUGCUAACAUGCCCUUUGUUGACGGGUCACAUUUCUGACAGAAGCAGGAUUAACAUUUUUGGCAGUUGGAGCUACAGUAGGUCAUCUGUUGGAUUGGACCACACGGGCCAGCCUGUGCUGCCCAUGGGCUACAGUGAGCCUUGGAUGGGAGCACUCCCAAAUCUGCGGUCGUCUAGCCAUCACAUUUUGGCCCUUGCCAAACUUCCUCAGAUCCUUACUCACCCAUUUUUCCUGCUUCUAACACAUCAUUUUGGUGACAAAAUAUUCACGUGCUCCCUGAUAUCCCACCCACUAACAGGUGCCAUGAUGAAGAAAUAAUCAGUGUUACGUCAUCUGUCAGUGGUCAUAAUGUUAUACUUGAUCAGUGUAAAACACGUUGGAGGCUCUGUGAUCAUUUGGAGCUGCAUUUCAGCCAAUGGUGUUGGGGACGUUUAAAAAACUGAUGGAAUUAUGAACAUAGAAAAGUACCGUCAGACUUCUGAAAAGUGUCAGAUUUGAUAGUAGCUGUUUUUUUUUCCCAGCAUGACAAUGAUCCCAAACACACUGCCACACAGUAAAAACAUUAAAAUCACUAAAUGGAGCCAAUACCAUACCCACUAUACCUUCUUUUAAUAAAGGGCUGCAGCUCUUUUUCUGGCCAAAUACAAAGAAAUGAGUGGUUGCUCAAGACUUUGCACAGUCCUGUAGUACUCUGUCAGAAUAUAUGUAUAAUAUAGUUGCAUACUUCCUAUUGUAAUUUUGUAUAUACAUACUCUACAUUAUUCAUAGAAAAAAGGUUAAGAGGGAGGUCAUUAGCUUAUAGCAUCUAACUGUAUCACUCGUGUUUGGAAAAAAAGAAAUAACUGCCAUGUUUUCUUUUAUUUGCCAGAUAAACAGACUUCUUUUUCUUGUUGCUGCCAUCAUUUUGGUUUGUGCAUGUACUUUAACUAUUUGAUCAGCAGCUGUCAUAGUUUUCACUCUGUGUGGUCAUUUUUCUUCAAACCCUACCUCAGAAAUUUGUGAAUUUUGGAACUUAUUUGUUGAGCCUUUUGUUUCUGUUUUUUGUGAAUGCUUAAACUUCUUUUCCAGGCUUGUUCCAUGUUUUCAAUACAACAUUAAAAAACUGAAGAUGUG